GCAACUUCAGUCAUUUCUCCUCAUUUAGCUGUCUGGUACGUGACAGAGAAAAUAAUGGCUCAAGGGAUUGAACUGGAGCGAGAGAGAUUCUGCUGCUCUCUCUGCACCAAUCUACUCAGGAACCCAGUGACCAUACCUUGUGGUCACAACUUCUGCAUGUUCUGCAUCAGCAAACGCUUGGACAAUGAAGAAGGUUCAGGCAUCUACAGAUGCCCUCAAUGCAGAGAGAUCUUCAUAUCAAGACCUACGCUGAUUAAAAACAGCAUGAUAGCAUUAGUAGUCAAUGAGUUGAUGAAGACUGAAGUCCAAGCGGAGGUUCCAGAUAAAUGUUGCAAAGCUGAACCCAAAGAUGUGGAUUAUAAUUUUUGCUCCGAGAGGAAGAUGAAAGCUGUUAAAUCCUCCCUGCCGUGUACGAUGUCCUACUGUGCCACACAUCUCCAGCCUCACAAUGAGGUGCCUUCUAUAAGGAAACACAGGUUGGUGGAACCAACUGCAAGUCUCGAGGAGAGCAUUUGUCCUGUGCAUCAAGAAGUGAUGAAGAUGUUCUGCCAGACUGAUCAGCAGUGCAUCUGUUAUCUCUGCUCCAAGGACGGCCACAAAGGCCACAACAAAGUCUCCUUGUCUGCUGAAAGGACGGAGAAGCAGAAGCAGCUUCAAGUGGUUCGGCAAAAGAUGCAGCUGAGGAUCGUGGAGAAGAAGAAAGAUGUGAAGACUAUUCAGCAGGAGGAAGAUGCAGUAAGUCAUGCUGCUGAUAGUGCACUGAGUACUACUGAAGUGGUUUUUGCAGAACUCAUUGAGACAAUAGAGGAAAAACUCUCUCUUCUGAAGGAAAAGAUGAAUUCUCAACAGAACAUUGAUUUGGGUCGCUUCAGAAAAGUUCGGAAUAAAGUGGAGAAGGAGAUUAUGGAGUUGAACAGGAAAGGUAUUGAACUGGACAAACUGUCUCGCACAGAAGACCAUGCUCAUUUUUUGCUGAAGUAUCCGUCAUUGUCUCGUCUGAAUGUCCCUAGAGAACAUCCAAGCAUCAGGAUCCGCCGCCAGCGUAACUUUGAUCGAGUUCCUGCCACUGUUUCAGAGGCCAAAACGAGACUGCACAAGGUUCUUGAUGAAGAAUGUGAAAAGAUUCUGCUUGCAGUUAAUGUGGUCAUGGCUUUGCCUAAUAUGCCUCAGCCAGAGCCUGAUGUGGGCAUCAUGAAGCCCAGACCUGAUGUCUUACAGACCGAACCAGAUCCAGAACCAGAAUUAGAACCAUUACCAGAACCAGAACCAGAACCUAGCUUUUGUCUUCCUGUGACACGCAGAGAAGAGGUUUUAAAAACUAGAGAGAACUUCCUAGAAUAUGCCUGCCAGGUCAAACUGAAUCCAGACACUGCAUUCCAAAAACUGUUGCUAACUAAGGAGAACAGAAAAGUAACAUUUGUAAGUGAAGAACAGGAUUACCCCAACCACCCAGACAGGUUUGUUUACACCUGGCAGGUCCUGAGUCAACAGAGCCUUACUGGCCGCUGCUACCUGGAAGUGGAGAGGACCGGGAAAGGAGUCAUGGUGGCGUUGGCUUACAAAGGCAUCAGCAGAGCCGGGACCUUCAGCGACUGCAUGUUUGGACAAAACAGCACCUCUUGGGGUCUUGAUUGUUUUAAGAACAGUUGCGAAUUCAGACACAACAAGAACAAAACUCCCAUCCCAGGCACAUGGUCCUCCAUAGUGGGAGUGUACCUGGAUCACAGAGCUGGUAUUCUGGCUUUCUACAGUGUCUCUGAAAGUAUGACGCUCCUCCACAGAGUCGAGACCAGAUUCACCGAGCCUCUCUACGUUGGACUCUGGCUCUCAGAUGGCGCAACUGCGGAUAUCUGCCAACUAUUGUAGAGUUGGAUUUUUACCAUAUCAGCCACUGGUGUGUGACCAAUAAGUGGAAUAUGUCUCAUCAUGUAUAGACCUGUAACCACUAAUGACGGAUCAUGGUCAAAAGCUCCAGCUAAAUCUUGAGAGAGAAUGAAUUGGACUAUUUGUGUUAGGAAUUUGUGCAACAAAUCUGAGGAGCUGUACGGGAGCCAGAAGAUUCUGUGUUUUUUUGGGAGCCAUGUCUCAAGAGGACUUUCCAUCACUAGUAACCUUGUUUUUCAUCAAUGACUCUAUUAUUUGCUUCUGCCUCUUCUAACUUCAGUAUUUGAAAGCCAUGUUCUGCUUUAUGAAAGGGAAAAACAUGUUAAUGUUCUCAAACUUGAGACUGUUGCAUUGAAACUUUAGAUAUUUUGUGCAAAACAAAAGUUAGUUAGUUGAAAAUGUAUUUUUCUUUUUCCAACUUUUCCACUUAGAUUGCUUUCUCUAUGUUUAAAUGUUUCUUUCCCGUUUUAUGAAAAAAUGACUUGGACUUCAGUAAAAAAAAUCAUUUUUUUAACACUUGAUUGUUUUUGUUUGAAGUAAAAUCCUUUAUUCGGCUGCUUACGUGUCAAUGUGCAGAUUUACACACCAAGCUAGCAUCAAAAUGAACUGAAUUAUGCAGUAAAACGUAAUUUAUCUAUCUGCACUUUUUGUCUUCUGAACAAUAAAGUAUGUUUCCUUGUAAGUAAUAGAUUUGUUUAUAUCUUAGUAAUAAACAUUGUGUUAAGUUUUGAACUUA